UUUGUCGCCAUUUUCUUCGUCAGUUCUGCGUUUUACAUUCCAGAGAUUGCAUCGAGGCAAGAUGUCGUCCGCAAGUGGUGACGAGACCGAGAUUACUUUAAAUGAGCCUGUACGACGCACUAGAUCCAGUCGUACGCGAAAGACUACCGUGGUAGCGAAGAAAUCUCCUGUAAAGAAACUUCUAGCAAGAGCGACACGUUCUUCGAAAAUAGUGCAGGAAAUUGAAGAAAUCGAGGAGGAAGAAUCUGUAUUAGAGGAAGAGGUUGUUAUGGAAAGCAUUCCAGAAAAUGGAGUGCAAAGGUUCGGUGACAUUAUUAUCGAACAACAUAAUGAAGAUGAUUCGUCUAUGUUGCAUUUAGAAUUAGAUGAUUCUGUUGACACAAAUGUUCAUGAAAUUAAUAUGAAUCAAAAUGUAGAAAUAGGAGUUCAAGAAACUGUACCUGAUUUAGAAACAUCUGUAUCUCAGAUUGAUCAUUCUACUACAGUAUCAGAACCUAUAAUCAUAGAAGAGAGCAGUGUGGAUAAAGUUGAUAUGCUAAGUGAACGUGAACAAAUGGAUAUGGAAGGACAAGAUAUUAGUAAUGACGAUACGAAUCAACGUGUAUUAAUAGAUUUUCAAGAAGUUAUAAACGACGAUGGGGAAUCUAUGACACAAGUAACAGAAAUUUUAGAAACAGAAGUUGAAACUGAAAAUGUUAUAAAUGAUGGUACUGAGAUUGAAGUUAUGGAAGUGGAUUGUCAACAAGAAACAUCAGAAGAUAUAGAAACUGCUACAGAAAAAAUUGUGUCAGAUGGAGACACAACAGUAAUAACGGAAAUGGCAGAAGAUGACAUGGAAUGUUUACCUGAAAAUGCUAUGAAAAAAACUGAGCCUGAUACAGAAGCUGUAUCUGAAGAUGAAUUACCCACUGAAGCUACAACAAAGGAACCUGAAACAGAAGCUGUAUCAGACGAAGAAUUACCCGCAGCAGCACCGGCAGAUUUGGGAGAAACUGAAUCAGUUUCUGAGGAUGAAUUACCAUUAGACAGUGAAAAAAAGAAGAAAAGUGGAACAAAGGCAUUGAGCAAAACACCAGAAAAGAAAACUAAGACAGAAGGCACAAAUAAACGCAAAUUAAACGCUGAGGGAGAGUAUGACCCCAGUUCACCAACGUCUGAAAACAACGACGAAACACCGGCCAAAAAAGUUGCACUUUCAACCGAAACGGAUCCUGGGGACAAUAAGCAAGAAAUGAAACCAGCAUCGCCAAAGAAAAAGACACUGCCAGAACUGGAAAAAUAUUGGAAAGCCGUUAACGAGGAUCCAUCGGAUUUUACAGGAUGGACAUACCUUCUUCAAUACGUUGAUCAAGAAAAUGAUGCAGAAGCUGCACGGGAAGCUUAUACCAAAUUUUUGGAGCGUUAUCCAUAUUGCUACGGUUACUGGAGAAAGUUCGCCGACUACGAGAAGAAGAAAGGCAAUCCGGAAAAUGUCCAAAGGGUAUUCGACCAAGGUUUGAAAGCUAUUUCGCUCAGUGUCGACCUUUGGCUCCAUUACAUCAACCACUGCAAAACCGUCUAUGAAAAGGAUGAAGAAAAACUGCGAGAACAAUAUGAAAGGGCUAUUCAAGCUUGUGGUCUUGAAUUCAGAUCUGAUCGUCUUUGGGAAAGCUAUAUAAAAUGGGAAUUGGAAGGCAAACGUCUAAGCAGAGUAACAGCAUUGUACGAUCGUUUAUUGUGUACACCUACUCUCAGUUAUAUUUCCCACUUCGAUGCAUUUCAAGAAUUCGUUUCUUCAAACUUGCCAAAUCGCAUUUUGAGCGUUGAUGAUUUCCUUGCCCUGCGAGCUGAAGUAAAGGCACUUCUCAAGUCUGAUGACAAUACUUCUAAUUCGGCUGCAGAUGAUGCACCACCUGGAGAAGAACCACCUCCACACGAACUCCCACCGACUGACGAAGAGACCCGCGCUAUUAGGGAAAAGAUCAUUAGUAGUAGACGUAAAAUGCAUAAAGCUAAUAUUAAUGCAGUUGCUGCCAGGUGGUCGUAUGAAGAGGGUAUCAAACGUCCAUAUUUUCAUGUGAAGCCUUUGGAACGAUGUCAGUUGAAAAACUGGAAGGAAUAUUUAGAUUUUGAAAUUGAACAGAAAGAUCAGAACCGAAUAAUUAUUUUAUUUGAAAGGUGUUUAAUUGCUUGCGCUUUGUACGAUGAAUUUUGGAUGAGAUUUGUUCGUUAUUUGGAAUCCUUAAAAGGCGAUAAUGUGGAAAAAAUAAGGGACGUGUACUCUAGAGCUUGUAUGGUACAUCAUCCAAAGAAACCAAACUUGCACCUACAGUGGGCAACGUUCGAAGAGGGUCAGGGUAAUUUUGAGAAAGCAGCUAACAUAUUGGAAAAUAUUGACAACGUAAUACCCAAUAUGUUACAAGUGGCGUAUAGAAGAAUAAAUUUGGAACGCAGAAGGGGGGAUUUGGAUAAAGCCUGUACAUUGUAUGAAAAUUACAUUAGCAAUAGCAAAAAUAGAACAAUCGCUAAUAACAUUGUCGUAAAGUACGCCCGUUUUUUAUGUAAAGUAAAAAACGAUGUGGAUAAAGCAAUCAAAGUAUUAUUGAAGGCGACAGAAAAAGACAAAGAUAAUCCACGACUUUAUUUACAAUUAAUUGAUUUGGGGAUGCAACGAUCUCCCGUUGAUACUCAAGAAAUUGUAGGGUAUAUGGAUAUGUUCAUAGAACGAGAACACGCUGAUCUCGAACAGAGAGUACUUUUUGCACAACGCAAAGUUGAAUUUCUGGAAGAUUUUAGUCCAGAUAUUCGACAAGUGUUAAAAGCACACGAACAGUUUCAAAAAUGUAUCAAACAGGCAAAGGAACGAAAGAAAACGAAAAAUGACGAUGCAAAAGCAGAUACUUCUCCCCCAAAGAAAGUUAAAACAACCGAUCAAUCUAACGUACCACCCCCACCUUCUGUCAGUUCACAGUCAUCUUAUCAAUACAGUAGUGGCCCAAGUGGACCAUAUCAAUCACAACAACAAUUUCAAAGUGGCCAAUAUGGAGGCCAAGGUGGAUAUCAGCAAGGUUAUCAACAGUAUCCACCACCUUCUGAUCCAAAUUACGCCAAUUAUCAGAAUUGGCAAUACGGCCAGGGUGGACCUCAAGCAUAUGGACCGUAUAAUCAAUGGGGAUCUUACAAUUACUACUAGUGGAUUAUACAAAGUUUUUUUCUGUACCAGUUUUCAUUGCGUUACUGUAUCUACUGUACAUUUUAUAAUUAUUAUUCUUUCAUCAUUCGGAGAAUCGAUACGAAAAAGGACAUAAAAAUUCUUUCAAGUUCCAAUGACACAUCAGUGACCUGACACGAAUAACAGUGAUACAUGUACUGAUGCUUACAUUCAAUACAAUGAAUUCUUUGCAUGAAAUUCUGUUUUAGUGUAUUUUAAACGAUAAAACAGUAUAGGAAAUACUAAAUUGAAUUUCCUGCCGAUGAUAAAUGUAUUUCAGUCAUAAUACGAUAGAAGGUAGUUAAUAAAAAAUUACUAUACAGUAUGAGA